CUCCAGGAGCGAGCCCGUUAAGACCAUCGAGGCAUGGGACAUACUAGUAUCGGAUAUUUCGACUUAGCGCACGCUGUCGCUAACAACGCCCGUCGACUGCGCGCAACAGACUGAAAUUUGGCGCGUGUGGGACACGUGGUCGAUCACACUUGAUGUUUGUAUACGGCGCCUUGAAGAUUCGUAACACAGAGCCGCGGCCUCGACACCAUUCAUACCAAUGUGCGACAGACACGCAAAAGAAGCCAAAUGCCAAGCAAGUCAUUCUGCAAUCACCACGCCCUUGCUUGUAGCUCUUGCUUGUAUCUAUGCCGCAUCACACAAUUCGUACCAAAACAGCCCACGUUGUCCUGCGCAACAAGGACCUGUUUCCCUUGAUAACCGAGUACCAAGCCGGCCUCUAUAAUGACCUUCAAGCCCACGUCGCCACCGCCUCUUCGGCGUGGCUCGAGAUGCUGCACAAAAAGACUUUUGCGGCGCCGCGCCCGCAGCUGCUCUCCGACUACAUGGCGCAGCAGUCGAUGUACGCGUUCUUUGGCCACAUUGAGCCGACGACCCGGACGCAAGUCAAAUUUGCAUUUCACCUCGCGAUUCUGCAAGGCGACGCCCCUACGCUCAAGCGCUGGCUGCGCUGCCGGCCGAAUUGGGCGACCGACGACGCGAUCGAGCUGGCCACAUAUUGCGACCACGCCGCGCUUGUUGCCGACUUGCGACGAGCCCAAGCUAAUCCAGGCGCCUACUGUUUAAAAGACGUUGUGCCGCCAAAGAAGUCGCUCUCGAAACUCCGCUACGUCGAAGCCUAGGCGCAAUUGAUCGUGUCCCGUCUUGUUAUUUAACGAUUAUAUACUCUUGUCUGUCUCGCGCUA